AUGUUUGAAGUCCCUAUAACUUUGACUAAUAAGAAGUUUGCUCAAAGAAGGAAGUUGAAAUAUCAAUACAUAAAUCACCUCUCUAGAAGAUUUGACAGAAUCACCAAGAAAAUUAAUACUACAGACAGCUUGCCCACACCCGAAAAUUCCGCAGCUGAAAACAAUGACGAAGACUAUGAAGAUGAUGAAGAAGAACGAAAUUAUGAAAGUGAUGUUGGUGAAAGCUCGGUACGGCAGCAGACGAAAAGAAGAAGAGAAAGACAUUGGAAAAGUGUGAUUGGGGAGCUCUAUUCUAGUACAGAAACUGAAUCCGACUCUCAAGAGGAGGACGUUCAAGAAGGUGAUCAAGUCGAACAUGAGACUAGACCGAAGGAAGAAGAUACUGAUGAGGAAAGAAAAUUUUGGAAAAAAUACGAAAAGCCCGAAAAAAGUUUUGAAGUUUGGCAAACGGUGUCUUCACAAAACAGAAGCCCCAUUAAUAAACAAAAAAUAACUUAUCAUAAUUUCAAAAAAAUUGAAAAGAAUUCCUUAAGGAAAAUGGAAAUUCCGCUUUUGCAUUGUACGAAGGAAAAUAAACUCUAUUUUCAGCUCUUAGCCAAAGGUUUAGAACCUUUGCAAAGCCCAACAUCUGCAGCGAGAAACUACCAAACAAGACAUAUAAUAACAUUGACCAAUCUUCUGCAUUUGAAUGUAUCAAGACAUAACUGGCCUCUUGCAUAUAAAAUAUUUGCCACAUUGAUAAGAAUUCCGAACGUACAGAUCAAGUCUAUUUGGGGUAUUGGCGUUAAGAUACUAGAUAACUCGCCAAAUUCGUCAAGUAGUCUUGACUUUCUAAAAUGGAUGUGUCAAGUUUAUUCAUCCAAGUCAAGAUUCGUUCAAAACGUCAACUACCGUUCCGUUGUCCCCCCUUUCCAAACUGGUUCUAGAACACAUACAUCAAAAUUUGCCAUUACCUACUUAUGGUCCUCUUUAAUUAAUUGUCAAAAAGCGAUAGAAUCGUCAAACGUUACCGAUAAUCAAUAUGAAGUGGAAAAUAGCCGACUAGAAGAAUUGAUAGACAAGAUAUCAGAAUGGGUAUUGAUCCCUCCAUUUAUGGAAGACGCCGAGGUUUAUUUUAUCUAUGCAUCUUGCCAUUUACUAAAAGCCGAUAUUUUAUCGAGGCAAUUUGUCAAUGAUAACAGAAACAGCGACCUAGUUGGGCUGAAUAAGGACAUAAAUAUCAAUCAAGUGAUAAAGCAUAUACAUUAUGUUAAGGUAUUUUUACAAACAUGUUUGGAAAAAGGCGGAUUUACAAUCCCAAGUAGAUUGAUUGAAAAUCAAUUAAAAAGCUUUGAGUCAAGAUUGUACGGGGAAGCACACGAUAUACGUGAGAGAGAAAUGGUAGAUGAUUAUGGUAACACGGACAACAGUUCAGCGGAUAAUUCAUUCGGAGACGUGUAUGAAACUAAUGCAGAGUUUCUAGAUACACAAUUAAUGGAUUUACCACCGAUAGAAAAUGAGAUGGCCGAAAAUCAUUACAGCGAUGAAGACUCAAGCGAGUGA